UCAACGUCCACACAGAGUCCCACUCGACCUCUACGCGGGAUGGCCGACGAGACACACUCUGAGAAAGACCCAGGUAUCCCCUUUUCGUUGGACGAGUAUGAAGAUCGUCUCGUACCCGAAUUCCGAAUGAAAGACCGCCUCGCGUUUUGGGAUGGCCCGAUCCGCGCCUUCUUGCGCGAACACGGAUACGUUCUAUACCAUAUGCGCUCUUUCCCGGAAUACGACGUGGACAGCCUCAUGUACCCGGCUCUGGAGACGCCUGACGGGCCGGACGAUGACGAAGCCACCUACGCGCUGAUGGAUCUCGACUCUCCUGAGCGGGAGAUGCCCGAUCCUGAAGACGAGUCGUAUCUUUCCUUGCGUCACAGGGCGUAUGCACGCGAAGUUCGGGGUCGAGCUGCCUUUGCACAGAGUGCGGCUCGGCCAGAUCGACAUUUCGCUAUCAAGCUAGUUCGGGCGGAAAGCGUCGAAAUCCACACUAUCAAGCUGAUAUACGAAGCUUCAAAAGAGAAGCCCGUCCGGGGCCUCAUCCCUGUCAUCGAACUCAUCCCAUUCCGUGGCCACUGGCUGGUCGUCAUGCCGAGGUGGGGAGAAGAGGUCUUUCUGCCGUUUCCGACCGUCGCUCGGCCCGUAUACGACCUCAUCGAAGAUCUGCUCGAGGGUCUCGCGUUCCUCCACAGCCAUAACAUCGUGCACAGGGACCACUGCGCCAGGAACAUCGCGGUGAACCACAUCCCCGUUCUCACAUACGAGGAUCUGAGAGACCUGCCGCCUACUCGGCAGGCGGCGCGAAACGCCGGCGUUCUCCGCCACGCGAUCUUCGACUUCGACGUCGCGCUGGCGUUUCCCAACCGCUCCUCGGCUCGGCUGCCGUGGAUGGAGUUCUAUCGCGGCCCAAUCAAAGGCACGCAUGAUGUCCGGCAAGGGGAGUACGACUUCGACCCUUUUGCCGCAGACAUGGUCAUCUUGGGUCGAGUGCUUGAUGAUUCCUUGCGGUCUUUUAUUCCCCAUCUGCCAAUCUUGGCGCCGUUGAUCGACGGCAUGCGUCACUGGCAUGUGCCCUCAAGGCUGACUGCCUCCCAGGCACUGUCCUUGUUACGCUCACUGAGAGCAGAAAAUCGCUCUCUGGAACGCCAACAAUUGCCUGCCAAAGACGGCAUGGGCAGUAGGAAAGCCGAUCGCUGGGAAGGUUUGCCCUCCGUCUUUGUUUCGAGAUGGGGCCAUCUUCGCACUCCGCCGGAGCCAUGGACCAGAACGACCCUUCGGAGGCUGUGUGAGUAUGGAUUUCUGGAGGGCUGUAUCCGUUUCGUGCGACGUUCCGCUUCACUCCUACAGAAGCGGCCCCGUCAGAAACCUCUUUGAUCAACUUUUAUUUCGCGGGGCAGCUGUUAUAUUCUUCAAUUUAUGCCGUCCUUACAACAGAUACGUCUUGUCGGAUAUAUAGACUGAUGUUGAUGGCAUUCGCAUGCGGUGCUGGCGCAUCAGGAGUCUACCAAUGUUUUGCACGCCGCUGAACGAGUUGGACGGGAAACACGGGAACGGCCGUGGCACUGUGAAAGACGCACAAAUGAUCUUACGUGCUACACCCGUAGAGUCAGUCUGACGACCCUCUUGCUGGCGGAAGCCCUUGUUCUCAUGGGAAGUCGGGGAGGAACGCUCAGAAUUGAUCUUCUCCAGGGGGCUGAUGGGCAUCCUGAACCAUAUGCUCAACUCAGGAGCGAGGGAAAUACCGGACAAAGCCCAGGCGCUGAACGAGUCAGUCCGAAAGUAAACACAGGCCCGCCAAUUUUAGUUCACCGAUGGAUCUGUAACUCAUGGGGCUUCUAUCAGCGCCAAAUCCAUCACAAAGUCGUGUGUGUCGUUCCUUGGACCUUGUGAUCGUCUAGGAUCGGAAGAUCAGCAGCGACCGAUCGCGUGCGAAAUCUGCUCCGCGUGUGUGCCCUGACAUCCACCCGCGCCGUUUCUUCUAUCUUGAUCUGGGGCCCGGAAUGUUUUGG